UCUCCUAUACCUCCACCCCUACCCCCACCCUAACACCCUCUAAAAAAGGGGGGUUUGGGCAGUAUCUGUCUGACCCUCGUCCCAAUGUUCAGGCAUUCUUUGGCAGCUACAUAGCACCCUUGGUACCUAGUAAGUUCAGAGCUGACCCCAAGAGCGUCACAGCAGCAGUUGAAGAGAAGACCACGGAGGAGCUGUGAGGAAGCCUGGAGAGAAGAUGGAGACUGAGGAGCAGAAGAAGAAUGCUGAAGAGGGGGCCAAUAAACUACUGCUGAGCCAGAGAGAGAAGAUCAUAGCCCGGGUGAGUAUGGACAACAGGACCAGAGCCUUGGUGCAGGGCAUCCAGAAAGCCACAGACAUGAAUAUCCACACCAGCCGUGUGGAGGAGCUUAGCCUGCAUCUUCUGGAGUACCCUGAGACACGUGGCGUGGCCGUCAAGGAGAGGGUGAUCCCGUGCCUGUUGCGUCUGAGGCAGACCAGAGACCCCCGGCUCCAGGCUGCAGUGAGAGAGGCCCUGGCCCUGGUGGGAUACACAGACCCUGUGAAGGGCCAGGGUAUACGGAUCCUGGCCAUCGAUGGAGGGGGGACCAGGGGACUGGUAGCCCUGCAGACCCUACACAAACUGCAGACACUGACGGGCAAACCCAUCUACCAGCUGUUUGACUACAUCUGUGGGGUCAGCACAGGUGCCAUCCUGGCCUUCAUGUUGGGGGUGUUCCAGAUUCCUCUGGAUGAUUGUGAGGAACUCUACAGGAAGCUGGGUUCUGAUGUGUUCAAACAGAACGUCAUCGUGGGAACCGUCAAGAUGGGCUGGAGCCACGCCUUCUACGACAGCCAGAUCUGGGAGAACAUCCUCAAGGAGAGAAUGGGAGAAGGCCUCAUGGUCGAGACAGCCCGGGAUCCAAAAUGCCCAAAGGUGUCAGCAGUGAGCACCAUAGUGAACAGGGGUCUGCCUCUGAAGGCCUAUGUGUUCAGGAACUACAGCAUGCUACCAGGGGUCCGGUCCCACUACAUAGGAGACUGUAAACACAAGAUGUGGCAGGCCAUCAGAGCCUCCUCCGCCGCCCCAGGGUACUUCCAGGAGUAUACACUGGGAAAAGACCUGCACCAGGAUGGUGGUCUCCUCAUCAACAACCCCACAGCCUUGGCCAUCCAUGAGUGUAAGCUGCUGUGGCCCAACACCCCAGUGCAGUGUGUUGUCUCCCUGGGUACGGGUCGCUAUGAGACCGGCAACAAGAACAACACCACCUCCACCAGUCUCAAAGCCAAGAUCACCAACGUCAUCAGCAGUGCCACCGACACAGAGGAGGUCCACAUCAUGCUGGACGCCCUCCUUCCACCCAACACCUACUUCCGUUUCAACCCCUACAUGAGCGAGGACAUCCCAUUGGACGAGAGCCGCCCGGAGAGGCUGACCUUCCUGCAGGAGGAAGGAACUCGCUACCUGGAGAGGAACGAAGCCAAGCUGAACAAGGCAGCGUCUGUGCUGGCUCUGGAGAAGAGCGCCAUCCAGAGGCUGGCUGAAUGGUGCAAACUGAAGGCCGACAUGUACGAGGGCUUGCCCUUCAUCUCCAAACUGUAGGGGACGUCUAGAGGUGAAAGGUCAGACAGGCUGAGAGACACUCAUUUAGACUGAUUAUGAAGAUAAUAUAGGAGCCGUAAAGGUCUGACAUGUACGAGGGCCCUUCAUCUCCAAACUGUAGGAAGAGACCUGUAGAGGUUAAAGUUCAAAAGACACUGCAGGCAGUAGCUGCUGAGAAACUCAUUUAGACUUGAAAAUAAACAUCAUGUGCUUUGAUAUGACUCCAUCAGGAGGCUGGUGGAAGAAUCUAUAGGAGGAAAGGCUCAUUGUAAUGGUCGGAAUGGAAUAAAUGGAACUGAGUCAAACGUGGUUUCCAUAUGUUUGAUACCGUUCCAUUGAUUCCAUUCCAGCCAUUACAAUGAGCCCGUCCUCCUAUAGCUCCUCCAACCAGCCUCCUCUGGACUCCAUAUCUUCUUGAUGCAGAUCAUGUGAUAUGACUGCGGUCCAUUUGAAUUUCUGCUGCUCAGGCAGGAUGUUGUUGCCUUUGACCUGUGAGAGGUGGUACAGAAGGAUCUGUUGUAGUGUUUCUGAAAGGGGUUUGGCUGGUUGGGCUGAAGGAAUCAACCUUUUGACUGGUCCUAAAUAAAGUGUCACUGUGAUGAGAGCACACAGGCCGUGUUUACACAGACAGGCCGUGUUUACACAGACAGGCCGUGUUUACACAGACAGGCCGUGUUUACACAGACAGGCCGUGUUUACACAGGCAGGCCGUGUUUACACAGGCAGGCCGUGUUUACACAGGCAGGCCGUGUUUACACAGGCAGGCCGUGUUUACACAGGCAGGCCGUGUUUACACAGGCAGGCCGUGUUUACACAGGCAGGCCGUGUUUACACAGGCAGGCCGUGUUUACACAGGCAGGCCGUGUUUACACAGGCAGGCCGUGUUUACACAGGCAGGCCGUGUUCACACAGGCAGGCCGUGUUCACAGGCAGCCCAAUUCUAAUAUUUUGCCCCCCUAAAAAUCUGAUAUUUUGCCAAUAAUUGGGCUAAAUACCUGAAUUGGGCUGCCUGUGUAAACAGCCAUAGUGGUGUGAAUGUUAGACAGGCGUAGCCAUAAUGGUGUGAAUGGUAGACAGGCGUAGCCAUAAUGGUGUGAAUUGUAGACAGGCGUAGCCAUAAUGGUGUGAAUGGUAGACAGGCGUAGCCAUAAUGGUGUGAAUGGUAGACAGGCGUAGCCAUAAUGGUGUGAAUGGUAGACAGGCGUAGCCAUAAUGGUGUGAAUGGUAGACAGGUGUAGCCAUAAUGUUGUGAAUGGUAGACAGGCGUAGCCAUUUACUGUUUUGAUUUAAGAGUGCAGGUUUUGCAGGGAAGGUGUUUUUGACAACUACCUACUUAACAUGUACUGGUAUGUCAGAGAUUCAGGGUCUGUUAUUAGCAACUCAUUCUAAUGUAAUUACUGUAAAUAUGUUGUAGGUAACUGACAUUGGUGUCACCUCAUUUAAAUGCUUCAAACUUGAACUAGGCAUGUAAAGUAGAAUGGUAUAAAACAUGUAAUUAUGCCUUUUUUCACAGAUGAAUGAAAUCAUGCACUUUGUAAAUUGUCACAUUGUUCUUAUCUUAAGAGCUCUGUAAGGGAUCAAAUGUAAAUGGUUUGAUAUGUGGUUUUGAAUCAUAUUGAAUUGAAGAGUUCAUGGUAUUAGCUUUAUAAUGAAGUUGAACCACCUAAUUCCUUUCUCCUGCAGCGGCUCUGUAGGUGGAGGGUGUAGAAUGAACAUGUGUCGUUGAAACCGGCUUCUGUUGUUGUGUUGUCUGUUGAAGCUGUGUCUCAUAACUACACUAUUAUACAUGAUCAUCUGA